AUGGAAGAAGUGAAGCCUAACAACACAAUUUCCGAGCCUUUGGCUGCACCACAAAUCCCACAAGAAGCAGUUGCGAUGGAUGAGGAAACCCCGCAACCGAUGAUUUCUGAAAAUCCAGUGGACAAGAAAGAAGAAAAAGAGGAGAAAGUGGUAGAGAAAAAAGAAGAGCUUCCGACGAGAGUUGGCGAGGCCCGUCUUAAAAUAUACCCGAUCACCAAUUAUAAGAUUAUCACACAACCAGACACAUCGAAAAUCAAGUUACAGUCAUCACACCAUCGAAUGGACGUGUUACGCGAGUUUGUAGAGAAAAACCACGUCUCACGCGUCUGUGUCUAUGGCGUCAUCUUAGUCAAUAACAUGGGAUUUCCAUGUCUUUUAACACUCCAACCCUCCAAAGGAUCAACAGCGACUGCAGAGAGUCAAUUAAUAGGCGGGAAAUUGAAAGUGGGAGAGGACGACCCGGUAGAGGGUUUGAAGCGCAAAAUGCGGGACAAGUUGAAUCUCGAGUAUGGCAUUCACUACGACAUCGGAGAGUUACUUGGCGUGUUCUAUCGAAUCAAUUACGACAAGUAUUUAUACCCAUACAUCCCUCCACACGUCACUCUUCCUAAAGAGAUCAUUAAAGUGUAUAUGAUCCACAUGAAGGAGUCCUGUAAAUUCGGGGUCUUAGAUUCGGUCUCCUUGAACUCCUUACCACUCUAUGACUUACUCAACAACACCGACCUUUUCGAUGUGGUCCUUUGUAAUAUCCCAACUUUAAUCUCUAGAUAUAUUCUAGUUAAUGGAUGA